UAACAAAACCAGCUCGUCUCUCUCUCUCUCUCAGCCUAUAGAGCUCUCCAACUACCAUAGUUGCCCCUCUCUCUCUCUCCCACUCACUUCACCACUUUCAUCCACUCUUCUAAUCCCUUCUCCUGCUUUCCAUUCUCCCUGAGCUUCUUCCCUUCUGCAAGUUAGAAUUUUGAUGACUCCGCCAUUGGAGCAUGAUUACAUAGGCUUCUCGGAGGCUUCCCCCAUGGGGAGGGCCUCCGGGGUCGACGAGGACCCGGCCAGCCUGAACCUCAGGGAGACCGAGCUGAGGCUGGGCCUACCCGGGUCUCAGUCCCAUGACAGGUCGAAACCUACUCUUGCUGGGGUCUCAAUCUUCGGGAAGGAUUUGGAAUUCUCGCUCAGCCCUUCCAAGAACAGCGCCGCCCCGGUCUCCGGGGCCAAGAGAGGCUUCUCCGACGCCAUUAAUGGCGGCAAAGGAGUCGGGGGUCUGUUCUCUCCGAGAAGUGGUGAGAGUUCCGUUAAUGCUCAUCAAUCGGCGGCUUCAAACUCGAAGCCUCUGAGCAAAGAGGGGUUUGGUGCUAGCCCUCAGACAAAGACUCUUCAGGAGAAGAAGAGUCAGGCUGAAGCCCCGGCGACAAAGGCGCAGGUGGUGGGAUGGCCGCCAAUUCGGUCGUUCCGGAAGAAUACCAUGGCUACUAACUUGGCGAAGAACAAUGAUGAUACCGAGACGAAAUCAGAACACGGGUGCCUCUAUAUCAAGGUUAGCUUGGAUGGGGCCCCUUAUCUGAGGAAGGUCGACCUCAAAACCUAUUCAAACUAUGCUGAACUCUCCAGGGCUCUUGAGAAGAUGUUCAGCUGCUUCACGAUCGGGCAAUGUGCUGCUAAUGGACUUUCGGGGCAAGAUGGCCUUACUGAGAAUUGCUUGAAAGAUAUUCUCCAUGGUUCUGAGUACGUCCUAACCUACGAAGACAAAGAUGGUGACUGGAUGCUUGUUGGUGAUGUUCCUUGGGAGAUGUUUACUGACUCAUGUAGGAGGCUAAGGAUUAUGAAAAGUUCCGAGGCAAUUGGUCUAGCCCCGAGAGCUAUGGAAAAGUGCAAGAGCCGUGAUUGAGUGCAAAAUAUGGGAAUGGUCCUGAAGAAAGCAUGUUCCAGGAAUUUGGGGAUCGGAGGUUCUCUCAAGGGUUCUUCAGUUGGAUGCUUUAUCGAAAUCCCUAUAUAUGUUGCUCAUUAGUUUGUAGCUUUUGCAGAAUCCUCUGCAAGGGAAAGUUUUCCUUGUGAUAAAAAAAUUAGUUUAAAAAUAGGUGGUCCAAUUAUGUGUUUCAUAUCUCUCUUGCUCGAUUGUAUGUCCGAACUCUUAUAUUCUGUAAAUGAGCUGGCUUGCUGCUUGCAAUAAUACUCUUUUGCAGAACGUAGGAUGGCGGAACACUUCGUAUGUCGAAUUUUCCCCAGAGUGCUCAAUUUCUAGAUGAAAUGCCAUUUCCGGAG